AUGACAGAUUUUAAUCCUAAAGGACAGGAUUUUCCUGAUAUAGAUUAUUCCGAACAAGAAGUCUUCGAGACUUCAGACACCGAUAUUGUCGGAGACGAGGUUGUCUCUGCUGGUAAUAUAUUGAAUGAUGAAGAUCGAGAGAGCUCUCAGUCUCAGGAUGGCGAUUUUGACUUCACAAAACUACAAUCGAUCUUGAAAACGUCGCGGGGCAAAUUUGACCGCACUUUUGUCAGUGAUUCGGGAAAUGUUGAUUUCUCCGAUAGUAUUGGGAAUUAUGACAAGAAUUCUUACGAGACAUUCAAUGUGGAUGAAACAUAUGACAUGAAGUUGAAACGAAUAAGGCAUGAGUUACAGGAAAUGAAAAUAUUAAAGGAGUGUGCGGAGAAACAGGAUUUGAUGCAUAAUGUUCAACCGGUAGAAGAAAUCAACAGCAAAGAAGUUGAUGGACUAUUAAGCUUCCUAAGCUCAUUAGAAUUAAAAGAAGAUCAUCAGGUGAAAGUACAAGCACCAAAAGAUACAUUACUAGAAGUACAACAAGAAUUAACCCCAUUUGAAACGACAAAGCUACCAAUACGAAAAGAUACAGUAUCACCACGAGAAGUGAAGGAGUUAGAAAAUAGAAUUUUUAAGCUUGAGAGAUUGAUUGGAUUUGAUAGCAACUUGGAGAUCCUAAACCUUGCAGUAUCAGGCCAAACAACUUCUGAUAAUUGGGAAACAGGGAUGAAAGGGUUUCAAAAUCUUGAAUCCAUUAUCAAUGACCUUGAGAGGAAAUUCAAAUUACUUGUAAAUCUUGAUAAUUCCGUACAUUCUGAAGAAACCGAUAAUGAAACAGCCAUCGGCAAUCAAGAGGCAAUAAAAACUCUUUUGGCAAGUUUAGAAUCUAUCAAUAGAGAAAUCAUUUUGAAUACUAAAAAAUUAUCCACCAAUCAAUCAUUCUAUUUGCAUAAUGGGAGCGCCUCCGAGGCGCUACCGCAAGCAGAUGAUGAACUUUCCACUCCUUCUGAAGAUUCUGAUUCCACUGCAAAAAUUAACCAGCUAUACUCCCUUCUUGUGGGUAAUACCGAAUUACAUAAAAAAUCACAAACGGAUUUCAGUAAAAUGUUGAAUCAAAAUAAUGUCACGGCCCUUAUCAAGAGAUUUAAUACCCUCAACUCAUUGUACUUAGAAUACGAAUCGACGGUGUCGUUAUCCAAAAAAGCCAACGUUGUUAUUGACAAUAUCGAUUCAGAUUUCAAAAACUGGCAGAAAAUAAUAACCGAGGCAAAUGAAAAUCUCAAUAAAGUUUCUGUUGAAUUGGACAACAAUAAAAUUGAAAUAAAAGAAUGGGUUGAAUCGUUAAAAAAGGCCCUAUAA